AUGAAUUGUCGCUGUAAUGACAAGGAAUGUCAAACAAUAGCAGACGCUGUUGAUGUUAUAGAAAGGUAUGAGUCAAUACUCGGGGAUGGAGACAAAAAGAAAUCAACAAUCAGAGCUGAGCUACCUGAAAAUGAGGAGCCAACACCAAGAAUAGAUAUAGUACGAGUAUGUACAAGAAGUCAGACAGAAAAUCAGUCUGGUGCUACACCAAGUGGCUAUUGCAUAGAAGGAUGGGACCCUGGCAGUAUUAGACAAUGCCAAUUGGAAGACCCAGAUAUGUCACUCAUUGUGACAUAUCUUCAGGAAAAGAAAAAUAAACCUGACUGGGACCAAGAUCAGGAAAUCAGACUGAAGGAGGAAGAACAAAAGAGAAAGGAAGAACAGAAACAGGAUGAGGAAAUUAGACUGACGGAGGAAGAACAAAGGAAGCAGGAAAAACAGAAACAGGACGAGGAAAUCAGACUAAAGGAGGAAGAACAAAAGAGAAAGGAAAAACAGAAACAGGACGAGGAAAUCAGACUAAAGGAGGAAGAACAAAACAGAAAGGAAAAACAGAAACAGGAUGAGGAAAUUAGACUGAAGGAGGAAGAACAAAAGAGAAGGGAAAAACAGAAACAGGAUGAGGAAAUAAGACUGAAGGAGGAGGAACAAAAGAGAAGGGAAAAACAAAAACAUGAUGAGGAAAUUAGACUGAAGGAGGAAGAACAAAAGAGAAGGGAAAAACAGAAACAGGUUCAGGAAAUUAGACUGAAGGAGGAAGAACAAAGGAAGCAGGAAAAACAGAAACAGGACGAAGAAGAAAGGUUGAAGGAGGAAAAGAGGAUACAAGAAGAAGAAAGGCACAAUGCAGAUAGUAAAAGAAAGGAACUGGAAGCAUCAAAAGAUUGGGCACAGAUUGUACAACUCUAA